AUGAAGGAUAAGGAUUCAGGUGGUGAUAUUUUGGACGGUGAAGAGCAAAGAAAGAAGAGACGUAAAAAGGAGAAUAAGCAUCAUGCCCAAGCUAGAAAGGUAUUGCACUGGAAUUUUUCAACAUUUGUUUUCCAAAACUAUAAGCCAAAAAUGGGAGGGGGGUGUUUUAUAUAAAACUUGAAUUUUCUUGGCUUUUUCUAGAGACAAAGACUUGAGCGACUCUCUUUGGAUGUUGCAAAAAGACUGGGAGCACCUAUUGUCUGUGAUAAUUUGUACAGUCCAUCUAUAACAGGAGCCUUUCAGUUAGGUGCUAAUGACAUUAACUGUGAUAACCUAGAAGGACUAACAAAAAAUGCAUUGUUAAUUGAAGUUUUUGAUAAGUUGAAGGGUGACUUGUUAGAAGAGUCAGGUUGGGAAACACUCAUGCAGUGGUAUGAAGGCAGUUAG